CGACAUGCAUCAACGACGAGCACACUAUCCUUAGCUCUGCUCUCUCUCAUACCACCAUGUCGACCACAUUGGUUUAUGCUCUCGCUCUCGCUUUCUGUCGCACUAUCCUCAACAUCUUCUUCAGAGAGAUCAGGUCCAGAGGGGCAUACAACAUCCCUCGCACAGGCCCCGUCAUCUUCGCUGCCGCUCCCCAUCACAACCAGUUUCUCGAUGUUCUCUUAGCAAGUCAGGUAUGGAAUGAGUCGCACAGGCAUGUCGGAUUCAUCGUCGCAGCAUCUAGCAUGCGCGAGCGGUUUAUCGGGACAUUGGGACGGCUCCUCGGUGCAAUCGCUGUCGAACGUGCUCAAGAUGUGGCAAAAGCGGGAAAGGGAUUUGUAUAUCUGGACAACGACGAUCCUACUCUCCUCCAUGGCAUCAACACCAGCUUCACCGCCCAGCUGGGCCCAAAGAACCAGAUUCUUCUCCCAAAGGCCGCUUCAUCUGCUAUCGCCCAGGUCGCUGAAGUUCUGUCUGACACCGAAGCUCGACUGAAGGGCCCAUUUUCUGUUGGGGAUGGUGCGAUCGGAACGAAGAAAGUAAGAGACCAGUGUAUCAAGCUCAGAAAGGACGGCAAAGCAGGAUUGGACUAUAAAGUGCUUCCUCAUAUCGACCAUCACGAGAUGUACGAGCACGUAUAUGACCGUCUUAAGUCGGGGGGUGCGAUUGGAAUAUUUCCUGAAGGAGGUAGUCACGACCGGACCGAUCUUUUACCCUUUAAAGCUGGAAUCGCGAUCAUGGCCCUCGGCGCCAUGGCUUCUGACCCGAAUCUGAAAGUUCAGAUAGUUCCCUGCGGUCUAUCGUAUUUCCACGCACACAAGUUCCGCUCUCGUGUUGUCAUCGAAUUUGGGCAACCGUUCGAAGUUCCACAAGAACUCGUGGAACAGUUCAAGGCGGGAGGAGAGGGGAAACGCCUUGCCUCUGCGAGGUUAUUGGAGAUCAUAUACGACGCUCUGAAGACUGUCACUGUGCGCGCCCCGGAUUACGACACAUUGCAGCUCAUUCAAGCCAGCCGACGGUUGUACAACACCCCCGGCCAACAUUUGACCCUGAGCCAAGUUGUCCAGCUCAAUAGACGUUUUAUUGAGGGAUACCUGCAUUUUCAAGACGAGCCGCGCAUCCAAGCUCUUAAGCAGCGUGUGAUCGCGUACAAUGAGCAACUUCACGCUCUUGGCCUUCGAGACCAUCAAGUAGAAGGUGCUACCCGAGCCGCGUGGAAGAGCUUCACCCUACUCGUUUAUCGGACCGGUCUUGUUCUCACUUGGACGAUCUUUGCUCUUCCUGGUGUCAUCCUCAAUGGACCAAUAUUCAUUGUUGCUGCGUAUAUGUCUGAGAAGAAAGCUAAAGAGGCAUUGGCUAAAUCGGUCGUAAAGGUUGCCGCCAGAGAUGUGAUGGCAACCUGGAAAGUUCUCGUCUUUCUCGCUCUCACUCCGAUUCUUUACACGAUAUACGCCAUCAUUGGAACAUAUAUUGCGUACUAUGUCGGCGCUGAGACCUACUGGGUCAUCGCUACCCCAUUCAUCACGUAUACUGUGGUACCCGUCAUAGGUUAUUGUGCUCUGAAAUUUGGCGAGGCUGGAAUGGAUGUCUACAAGAGUUUACCUCCUCUGGUUCUUGCCGUAUUGCCUGGUCAACAUAAGCGCCUCGAGAAGCUGAAGCAGACCCGAGCAGAUAUCUCAAACGAGAUCUCCUCUGUCAUAGAUGAAUUCGGACCAAAGCUGUACGGAAACCACUUCAAUCAACGCCGCAUUGUACACCCAGCCGCAGGACCACCGCCUGGUCAGCCGCCUGCACUGGGUCGCCGGAGAUCUAACACCAGUGGGGUUGACGCCCAAGGCAACCUUCUCAUCCAUCCAAUGACCUGGCUCGACGAGCGCGUAUUCGGAUGGACACAUUCUAAUAAAAGCAGUGCAAGUACCAGCAGAGAGACUAGCCGUACCGCAUCACCCGUACCGUCCGACGACGAGGACGACGAGAAGAGUAAUGCUUUAGUGGAGCGUGGCGAUUGGGAUGAUGUUAUUGGCAUGCUAAAUGCCCACGAGAAGCGGCGGGCUAGUCGUAGUUAUGCUAGCCGUUAA